AUGAGCGAAGUCCUGGUCGAUUCUGGACAAGGCGAAGUGAUACCUUCCGACCUGACGCCGCAGGAAAUCCUCCAGGCUGUCAUUGCGGGGAUCGAGAGCAUCGCCAUCUCGCGGUAUAUGCUCGUUGCGGCUGUGGUGCUCGCCUUCUACGAUUGGUUGCUCAAUCUGGGUUUUGAAGUCCAGUUGAUCCACCGCUCGCGCUGGACGCUCGUCAAGGUUGCCUAUCUAUUCAGUCGGUAUUACACGCUCUUCGUUCUUUCGCCAUACCUACUGUGGGCCAUUGUGCGCGACCAUCAUCUGGCGACCUGCCAGAAGAACGUCCGUGCAACCUAUAUAAUCAUACUGCCUUCGAUCGUCUCGGCGCAGUUAAUUCUCAUGCUGAGGACGUACGCAUUUGCGGGCCAGCGUCGUGGCGUACUCUGGACUCUUGCCGUCUCUCUUUCGGGAGUGAUCGUUGGCUAUCUGGUAAUCGUAUUGAAGUACAUAGAACUGGUCACAGUCAUAUUUGACCUUUUGGGAGGGAAGUCCGGCUGCUUCGCCUCGACAAACCUUGAACAACACUUCUCCUUCGAUAUGGCACUUAUCUUCGUCCUGAUAUUCUGCUUCGAUGCACUCAAUAUUGCCAUCAUCGUCGGACACGUCGUCAAAGACCGCAACAUGCGUGGCGACCUGUAUCAAACGGUCCUGAAGCACGGCUUCUUCUACUAUCUUGCAACCUGUACUGUAAACAUCUUGAACACAGGCAUGUACUUUGCACCUGAGCGUACCACAAACGGGAUCGCAGCUUGGUUCGCUUGGAUACUUCCUAGCAUACUCUCCUGCAGCCUCGUUCUCGCCCUGCGGCAUGUCUCAUCCCCGACGCAGACUGAGUUCAUGCGCCGAGUUGACGCCGCCGUCGACGAUGCACUCGAGAUGGUCGGCCACGCGCCAACCGUACCUCAGCGGAGUUUGGACGUACAUGGAGGAGAGUUUGAGAGUGAGGUUGAGGAGGGUGGCGAGCCUAGUAGUCCAGAUCCGCGUACUCCGCUCAAACGUGGAAGUAUGGAUGGACGAAUACAAGACGUUUAA